AUGCCUUCCGCGGUGCCCACCACCAACGGCGCUCCCGCGCCAGCGACCUCGACCUCUCUCAAUCCAGAUGGCCCGUCUGCCAACGACAACAUCCGCCGCUUCGCAGCUCCCAGCCGGCCAUUGAGCCCGCCCGCCGAGCACACUCUCUUCCAUCCCAAGACGCGAUGCUUUGUCUACGGCCUCCAGCCCCGCGCCGUGCAGGGCAUGCUCGAUUUCGACUUCAUCUGCAAGCGCAAGACCCCCUCAGUGGCAGGCAUCAUCUACACGUUCGGCGGUCAAUUCGUGAGCAAAAUGUACUGGGGAACUAGCGAGACUCUCCUGCCCGUGUACCAGUCGGUAGAGAAGGCCAUCGCAAAGCACUCCGAUGUCGACACGGUGGUCAACUUUGCGUCAUCGCGCAGUGUCUACAGCUCCACUAUGGAGUUGAUGGAGUUCCCCCAGAUCCGAUCCAUUGCCAUCAUUGCCGAGGGCGUGCCCGAACGACGCGCCCGCGAGAUUCUCCACGUCGCGCAGAAGAAAGGUAUCACCAUCAUUGGCCCGGCCACUGUCGGUGGCAUUAAGCCCGGUGCGUUCAAGAUUGGUAACACGGGUGGCAUGAUGGACAACAUUGUUGCCUCCAAGCUCUACCGCCCCGGCUCCGUCUCAUACGUCUCCAAAUCUGGAGGUAUGUCCAACGAGCUCAACAACAUCAUCGCAAACACGACCGAUGGUGUUCUUGAGGGCGUUGCGAUUGGUGGUGACAGGUACCCGGGUACCACAUUCAUCGACCACGUGCUGCGGUACCAGGCCGACCCCAACUGCAAGAUCAUCGUCUUGCUCGGUGAGGUUGGUGGUGUUGAGGAAUACCGUGUGAUCGAGGCUGUCAAGUCCGGCCGAGUGAACAAGCCAAUUGUCGCAUGGGCCAUCGGUACUGUUGCUGGCCUGCUCAAGACUGAGGUCCAGUUUGGUCACGCCGGUUCGUUCGCCAACUCUCAGCUCGAGACAGCUGUGGUGAAGAACAAGUCUAUGCGCGAGGCAGGCAUCUUUGUCCCUGAGACCUUCGAGGACAUGCCAGGUACGCUUGCCGAGGUCUACCAGAAGCUGCUCAAGUCUGGCACCAUCAAGCCCAAGCCAGAGCCCGUCGUCCCCAAAAUUCCCAUUGACUACUCCUGGGCGCAGGAGCUUGGUCUCGUCCGAAAGCCCGCCGCUUUCAUCUCGACCAUCUCCGACGACCGUGGUCAGGAACUUCUGUACGCUGGUAUGCCCAUCUCGGACGUGUUCAGGGACAACAUUGGAAUCGGUGGUGUCAUGUCGCUACUAUGGUUCCGUCGCCGCCUUCCCGACUACGCCAGCCGCUUCCUCGAGAUGGUGCUCAUGUUGACUGCCGAUCACGGGCCCGCUGUGUCGGGUGCCAUGAACACCAUCAUCACCACCCGUGCUGGUAAAGAUCUUAUCAGCGCGCUAGUCAGCGGUCUCUUGACUAUUGGCUCGCGAUUCGGUGGUGCCCUUGACGGUGCUGCGGAGGAGUUCACCAAGGCCUACGAUAAGGGUCUGAGCCCCCGUGACUUCGUGGACACCAUGAGGAAGGAGAACAAGCUCAUUCCCGGUAUCGGUCACAGAAUCAAGUCGCGAAACAACCCCGAUCUUCGUGUCGAGCUGGUGAAGGAGUUCGUCAAGAAGAACUUUGCCAGCAGCAAGAUGCUAGACUACGCGCUUGCCGUCGAGACGGUGACGACGUCGAAGAAGGACAACCUCAUCCUCAACGUCGACGGAUGUAUUGCUGUGUGCUUCGUUGAUCUGCUCCGCAACUGUGGUGCCUUCAGCGCGGAAGAGGCUGAGGACUACCUCAAGAUGGGCGUUCUCAACGGUCUGUUCGUGCUCGGCCGGAGUAUCGGUCUCAUUGCCCAUUUCUUGGACCAGAAGCGUCUGCGGACUGGCCUCUACAGGCAUCCGUGGGACGACAUCACCUACCUCCUCCCCAACCUUGCUGGAGGAGCACCGGGCAACGAGGGCCGUGUCGAGGUCAGCCUCUAA